UUUUCAAAAUUAGGCGGAGCCAUUUUUGGUGGCUCAAAUUCACCUCAGCGAGUUAUCGCCAAUGUUCGUGGACUACUUGCGAAUCGAAUAACUGGCGCUAUUCCAGACACAGGUUGCCUGGGCGGACUUUCAAUUAUCAACAUCGUUGACACCAGCAUUGGCCAGAGUUUCCGUAGUCAUAUUGCAGCUGCUGACACAAAUCGAAGCCUUUACUGAACAACUAAUUCACUAACUCUAACUUUCACACAAUAUACAAACAAAAACAAAAAAAAUAAUCAGCUGGAAUGCCUUAAUUUAGAAACCAAAAUAAAACGAAAAACAUUUGAAGCGCAAACCAAAAAAACACGUACACAAACAUUUGACUUAGCUAACAAACAAAUUUCCAAAAAAGAAAAAAACCCAGCAAAUCAAUCAAGAAGAAGGCGACGGAACAUCAACACAUCAAGGACUGAUAGAUUUAUAGCAUUAGUGAUUUAGACGAAAUAAAAAAAAAUAUUUCAAAACAAAUAUCGAAGAAGAAGAAGAGAAGAAUAAAAAAAAACUAGCAACAUCAACAAUAACCACAACAAAUAAAACCAAAUUUAGUAAAAAUGUCGUUCACAAUACCAGUAAUAAAUCUUGAAUUCAACGAGGUUAAAGAGAUACUAUGGACAAAAAUUCAAGAGCCACAAAUUCAGCGCAAGCUGAUUUUGGUGAUAGUAUCAAUAGCGCUGCUUCUAGAUAAUAUGCUUUAUAUGGUUAUCGUACCAAUUAUACCCGAUUAUCUACGUUAUGUUGGUUCAUGGGACGACGAAGAGGAAGAUUAUUCAUCAAAUAGCACCGACAGCCUGGUUAAAAACCAUAAUCAUCACGAUGCAUCGACCGGUUUUCUAUUUGCAUCAAAAGCAAUCGUUCAACUAAUGGUCAAUCCAUUUUCCGGUGCAAUGAUCGAUCGCAUUGGCUAUGACAUCCCAAUGAUGAUUGGUUUGGUGAUUAUGUUCUUUUCAACGGCUAUGUUUGCCUGUGGCGGUAGCUACGGUACCUUAUUCUUUGCCCGUUCACUGCAAGGCGUUGGCUCAGCAUUUGCGGAUACAUCCGGUUUGGCGAUGAUUGCCGAUCGUUUUACCGAAGAAAAUGAACGAUCCCGUGCACUCGGCAUUGCAUUAGCAUUUAUAAGUUUUGGUUGUUUAGUUGCACCACCAUUUGGCGGUGCAUUGUAUCAAUUUUGCGGCAAAGCGGUUCCAUUUCUCAUUCUGGCGCUGGUUUGUGCAAUAGACGGUGCAAUGUUAUUGUUAGUGAUGAAACCGGUAAAAGAGCAAUUACGUUUGGCAAAUACAGAAGUAAAAGCACCAUCAAUACCAAUCUGGAAACUUCUAAUGGAUCCAUAUAUUGCUGUUUGUGCUGGUGCAUUAAUGAUGUCAAACGUUGCAUUGGCCUUUUUAGAACCGACCAUUUCAUCGUGGAUGGAAGAUAAUAUAACGCAAGACAAUUGGAAAAUCGGUAUGAUUUGGUUGCCAGCAUUCUUUCCGCAUGUAUUUGGUGUCAUAUUAACGGUUAAAAUGGCCAGAAAAUAUCCACAACAUCAAUGGUUAAUGGCGGCUGGUGGACUUGCACUUGAAGGAUUAUGCUGUUUUAUAAUACCAUUUUCAACAUCAUAUCAAAUGCUAAUGAUUCCAAUUUGUGGCAUUUGCUUUGGUAUUGCGCUCAUCGAUACAGCACUGUUGCCAACAUUGGGCUAUUUGGUAGACGUUCGUUAUGUAUCGGUGUACGGUAGCAUUUAUGCAAUUGCCGAUAUAUCUUAUUCGAUGGCAUAUGCGAUUGGACCAAUCAUUGCUGGUGGUGUUGUUGAAGCAAUUGGCUUUACGGCUCUAAAUUUUUUCAUUGCCUUCUCAAAUUUGCUGUAUACACCAGUGCUUAUGUAUCUCAAGCACAUUUACGAUUUUAAACCAUUCGAAAGUGAAGCAAAUAUUUUAAUGUCAGAUCCACCAAAGAAGGAAUAUCAAACGUAUUCAAUGCAAGAUCAACGACCGAUCGGUGACAAUUAUAAAAACCAUUUGGAAUAUGGUUCAGCGCAACAAGAUCCAAAUAUGGCCGAAACAAAUCUUGAUCAAGUACAAAAUGGUUAUGAUGGAUACAAUCAAGACUAUCAACAACAACAGCAAUAUCAGGCUGGUUAUCAGGAACAAUCGCAACCACAACGACCACCACCACCGCAACAACAACAGAGACAGCUUCCACAACAACCAGGUCAAUCGGGUGUAGCAAAUCCAUUUCGACAACAACAACAACAGCAACAACAGCCGAAUAUGCAAAGCAAUCGAAACGCUAAUCCUUUUAGACAAGGAAUGUAGAGUAUUUAUUUAGAAUGAGAUUUUACUAAGAAAUAUGAAAAUUAAACCCAAAAACAAACAAAAAAUUGAAAAUUAUCAUUGUUGAUUAUUAAGUAUAUGCGUUGAUUUAAUUUAAAACACACAAAACAAGAAUGAAAGGAACAAAGUAUCCUCAGAGCAUAUUCUGAUUUAUUUUAUCAAAUUUUUAUUGAAAUUUAUGUGACAAGAAACUAUUAACUAUAUAUGAUUGAGAAGAAAAAUAAAUAAUACAAAUUGUCUAUUCGGUAAAUUCAAGGUUUUUCGCAUGCAUUCAUCAAAUGAGAUAUUUUGUUGAUAUACGGCAACAAACGAAGUGACACAUGACACUCUGUUUAUAUUCUUUCCACCGGCUAAAUCGAAUCGCCAACGUUCUUAAUUUUAGUAAUGAAAUGAUGAGCGUUGGAAUCAUUUCCAUUACCCAAUUGACUUGACAACCCUCCACAACUGUUUCCAUCAAUUCGAUAAUAUAGUAUGGCGUCGAUAUGCUUCACAACUGAUAACAAUUUUGAAGCACUUCGCUUUGUAAUAUGAUACGAUGAGCCUCUACCUAAUUGCAAUUUCGUUGAUUGAUAAUCUAAGUUCGGCGCUUGUUUUUGUUCGAAAAGUGAACACAUUCCGAACAGACUUGUAUAAUUGCCAUUAAAAUAGGCAAAUAUAUGGAAUUGAAUGUUGAACUGGUUCAAAUUACAACCCUUUGACGCACACACACACUUGUUCGAUGUUUGUUAAACACGCGAAAGGGUUUUUCAUAGCGCGCGUCUCUCUUCCUUCAAUCUAAUAUUUCAAAUAAAAAUCAAAAGAGAUUCAAAUCGCCCGCCAUCAAAACAGGCAGCUCGAUGUCACCGUUCAUAGUGAAGGCUAUAAUUAAGGUGAAUCGAUUUUGAAUUUUCAUUCAACUACGCACAAAGAAAUUCUUUUUUUUAUUCAAAUCAUUACGGCGUUUGUAUGACCGACUGUCCCAACUGAAUGAAUAAUUCUGUGAUGUCACGAUUUCAAAUGAUCAAAUGGAAAAUCGAAUUUUAGAUACACCUUUCCUAUCAUAUUACAAAUUACCAUUCAAAACAACAUUUUGGGUUGAAUUUUGUCAAGUGCGGUGACUUUUUUUCCCUCGUUUACUUUUUGUUUCUUUUCGAUAAAAAAAAGAAGUUAAACUUAAAAAAGAAGAAGAAGAAGAAGAUUUUAAAUGCCUUGCCUCUGUAUCAAACAUUUUUUUUUAAUAUCCUAGCUAGGUAACGUUAAAUAAAAAUAAGCAUUAAAUCUUACCCAGCGACAGCAAGAACGAUGCAAUGAUGAACUGAACAAAUACGUAAAUUUGCAACUGUGUCGAAUCACUUCCAGAACCGCAUGCAUUUCGGUGCACGAUGAUUGUAAGGCAAGAGUUUUAUGUUUGGCAUAUUUAAUAUUAUCUAGAUAGAGAUAUUCAAAAAAACUCAAUGUUUUUCCAUCUGUAAAACGUAAAUAAUAUACAAAAUGAAUAUUUCCUCUAACAAGAAUUUGAUACUGGUGUGAAAUAGUACAGUUUGUUUGCUGUUUGCAAUCAAUACUCAACAUGAAACACUUUUCAGUAAUAAAAAAACACACGUAGAAACAAAAUACCGAUCGAUAUUUAAAUAAACGAAUGCAAACCCAAAUUGAAUAGAAAGAACAUAAAUAAAUUUGAGAAAUAAAUGAAAUCAUUUGAAAUGAAAUAUAAAACUAAAAUAUAUACUAUUUAGCGAAAAACCAAUUUAAGAAUGAGAAACUAGCAUACAUAUUAAAAAACCAUUAAAAUGCUAUGUAUUAUUGUUGUUGUAUAUAACUAUUUAUUAUAUAUUAUAUGAAUAUGUAUUACAUAAAAACAGACACAACGCAACGGAAAUAGGUAUCUGGAUAAAUAAAUUGCAACCAAAAAAAAACAUGUGAACUUGAUUUCGGUGGUGUAUGAUAUCAAAUUAGAUCUUGAAGACGGUUUUUCGAAACCAUCCUCUCCCGAUGAGGGGAAAAAAAUAGAAAACCCAGUCAGAUAUUCGUCAUGCGCUAUUUCCGCAAAUUCAUCGAAUAGGCAAUACAUUUAUCCGGAAUCAAUUUCUUUAAGAGCAAAAAAAACAUAUAGUAAA